UUUUCCAUUUUAAUAUAGCAUGCUUUUACAUUUGUUUCAGUAUUCCAUCUUGGAUUGACUGGCAGUGACUUAAUAUUGUCACAGCUAUUAAAAUAAUCUAAUAUUUAAGUGUAGAUGUCUCUGGCCAAAACUUGGACGACAGAGGCCAUACACAGCAGGUUUAGUUCCACUAAAAAGUCAUAUAUACUGUAGAAUUGUUAAAAAUCCUUCAACAUAACAAUUGAGGAAGUGAUGCCCCAUUGAAUAGAGAAUGGAAUAAACAGGGUAAGCUCAUUAAUGUAUCCUGUUACUGGAUAUGUUGCUGCUAGCGCUGAUAAUCCUCAACGACAGCGUAGCUGACAUAAAGCUUGUCAAUGCAGGUGUAAAUAUAGACUCAUGGGUUUAAACCUGCACCUCAGUGAAAGGGAUUACUUUGGUAUACUAUCGCUAUCAAGGAGAACAUGGAAUAAAGAACAUGACAUGCACCCUGCACGAUUAUAGUUCUAGGAACUGAUGGGGCACAGGCUAAUCACACUGUGGUUGAAUAUCUGCUGGCUGAUAUUGUUGCUCGAUAUUGGCAUAAAAAUGAGAUGGCAGUUCAUAUUGGUAUAGUUUUUUUCUUCUGAUAUCGGCGCGCGAGCGAUGACAUUGUGCUCCACAGGGCAACAAGCUUGCAGUACGUCUGCAGUCUGGAAUUAUUUCCAAGUUUCGCCUUUGGAUUGUAAUCAUUCAAUCUGCAAUGACUAUGACGCUCUGGUGUCUUCCUUGAAUACUUCUGAUCUCAUACGCCGCAAACCUCCUAGAGUUUACUUUUACACUAAAUACAAGCUAAAGGUGUAAAGUUUACUGAACUUCACUCAAGAAAAUGUUACCUAUCUUCUUCUAUCUAAUUGAUACAUCUAAAAACUAAAGAAUUCACAUGCAAAUCAAGCAAAACGAUUUUACAUCAUUUGAACGUUUAAUUCUUGAUAAACAGCUCAGACUAAAAAUCAAGUUAUCAAGUUUUUUUUUCUAUUAUAUAAUACUGUAAAUAUUACAUUACAGUGGAACCUCAGUUAGCAUCCGCCCCGGUUAGCGUGUUUUUCAGUUAACGUUGAAAAUGUAUGCCAAAAUUUUGCCUCGGUUUACGAACGUUUUCCAGUGAGCACACGUCUGCCGCGUUAUUAAUACACUGCGUGAGUCCAACAGUGUCCUUAAUGUACUUUUGUGCUUCGCUUCUAACCAAAACCCGAACCGGAAGAUGUCAUCAGCGGUUGACUCUCAAAAAUGUUAGCAUAAAACAUAUGUUUAUAUAAAAGCAUAAAACAACAUAAAUGCAUAUAAAUGAUGAAUGAAAAGGAUAAAUUAACAUUUAAGGUUACUUUUACCUUCAUGGAAGACGCGAUUCUUGAUGUGAGAGACUUUAGACAAGCUGAAUGAACCCAGUUUAUCAUUAAAUUGAUUGUAUUAGUCCAGUUUCAUACUUUGCACUUGACUUUAUUCUUAUACAGAUGCACAGUAAGUGACACAUAAAAAUGUGCUGCUUUCUUAUUCGGAAUUGGGACUAACUCACGAAGACUAACCCGUUUUACUUGUUGACAGUCGGAGAACAUGUUAUUUUCCAUUGGUCGUUAUAUUUUUAAUGACUAUUAAAAAAUACGGCAUUUUUUUCUAGAACUUGUAUUGCAUAUUGCAGUAUUUAUCUUAUUUUGUACAAAAAGUGUUUGUUUAUAAAAUGAAACCAGUGACAUCGGAGAAGAGAAGCAUAAUGUGUUCAUUACCUGAGGUGUGUAGUUUGAGGUGUGAAAUGCUGCCCAUAUUGGUAUCGGUUAAUAUGAUAUCAAAUAAAGUGCAAAUGAAGUAAGGAAUUAAGAUUAAGGGGGAGUAAGACUUCUUGUCCGGCAGUCCACUGAGCAAGUGAUGAAGAGGGGGGUGUUAUUAUUUGACGGUAUAAGAAAGCUGAUGCUGAAAGCAUGCAACGACAGAGACAGAUAGCAAAGGGUGUAUGGAAACAUGCCCUGUAAAGCUUGGAUUAUGUUCCCGAGUUGAGGAGCCAGCAUACGCUCCUCCCCCUUCAAACUCGCUUGCGUCGCAUGACGUGCAAGUCCAAUAAAAUCUAAACUUGUUUUGUGGCGACGCAGACCAUUAAAGGCUGUGAUUGGUUGGCUUGUACGACAUCAUUUCCUGUGUAUACAACUAAUUCAGAGAGCAAACGCCUGCUCUGAUUUUGGAUCAACAGUCGUAGAAAAAGUGACUACUCUGACACAUUUAUUAGUUCCAGUUCCAUAUUCAGGCUUUUGUGCUGCAACACAUUUUCAUCACUUAAAAAAAAAACAAAAAAACACGACGACCAAGACAGGAUGUGAAAACAGGAUGUUUAGUCAGCCAGUUAUGGAAAAAUAGAUAUUAAAGUUGUUAAAUGGCCAGUAUUUGUCAGGUGUUUUAUUGGGACAAAAAUGCAAAGAGUCACCAUCAUGACUACGCUGAAGCAUCAUCCAGAAGUCUGCAGGAGUUAGAGUAGCAUCAGCAAUGACGCAAGGAAUGAUUGCAAAUGGUAAAAAAUUGCACAACCAUACAAAACAGCCGUAUUUUAAAAAUGGCACGAAUAUAGGCUUUUAACAUUUGUGUCUUCUCUAAACCCUAGUAGAUCCUUGAGUGUUGUUUUGGAGUGAUCCUCAUCAUGGAGCCCAGCGCAUCCAUUCAAAGACGGCAGGCUCCGGCCUCUCAGGAUGAUGAUGGCCUGUGGAUGAAGAUGGAUUCCAAGCUUGUGACAGAAAAUACAGACAUGCCAAACCACAUCUUAUCAUCUUUACCUGGGCAGAGUCUUCAAGAUGAACCCAAAGCCCCUACCCCUGCAGUGAUUGAGAACAAUGUGGUGGAUAAUGACAGUGCGGCUCAUAUCUUUAUCCCACUACAAACUCCUCCAUCCUAUAGGGAUCCACUAUUUCCAGCAAGGAGCAACAAAGAUUCAACGAGUUGUAAUUCCAGUGUGACCCCUGUAGACGAGGCAGGUGACGACACAGGGGAUAAAGCUAAUUACAACAGAUUACACUGGCAUCCUAGUGAGAGGCAGUCAAUGGCUCAGAGAGAGGUUGUGGAAGUAUCAGCAGAUGCAGCACAGAUAUCAGGGGAGUAUAAAGACCCUACUCCAAAUGCUGAAGACCAAAGAUCCAAGGGGGGCCAGAGUCUCAAGGAUCCAUUUGGAGGAACAAGAGAGCAAGACCAACCGGAUGAUGUGUUGAGUGAAGGAAAGGAAAACUUGGGGGAAGCUGAUAAGGACACAUUUCUGAGUCGCUCAUCUUCAAACACUGGGGACAAUUUCCAAAAUGAUGCCCUUUUGGAGAAGGUAGGAGGCCUAAUAAGAAAAGACAAAGCACAUACAUACACGCAAAGCUGCAACACAACACCAGAGAUCUGGAAAACCAACCGAAAACCUGAUGCAGAAAACAGUCGGGCACAGACACAGAGCCAAACAGGGACGAGUGACGAUGUUGAAAAUCGUAACACCCGUUAUUUAAGGGAUAGCAAUUCAAAUAUUUCCUUGGUAAAGAGUGUCAGAGACACUUGUGGGGUACAAAUGUCUGAAAAGCCUUUUGGAAAAGCAUUAUUACCUCAGUUACAACAGAAGCAGAAUAUGGAAGGAAGGGUAAAUCAGGGAGAUGAAUGUUGGAGAAUAACUUCUGACAUCGAGCAGGGGGAGCAGCUACUUCAGCGUCUGCAACUGCUGCAGCAACGCCAGGAGGCAGAUGUAUGUGCUUGCAAGGAUGUUGGAGGUGAGAUGGAAGACAGGGAGAAGUUUCUGGCUGAAGAGGAUUAUUUGGCAGCAAAAGCAGGGGAUCGGACUGGUGAAAAUGAGAAAGAUGGUAUGAAAUUUGACACCAACAAGUCAGACAGGACAAGGACUAGCCUGAUUGAGAAAGAAAAGAAAGACGGGCAUGGAAGCAGAGAUGCCCAAGCAAAUAUACCUGCACAGCUGGAGCGCAACGAUGAUAGCCCAAGUGUCAGUUGGGUGAAUGCAGAUUGGUCUCCAAAUUAUUUCAACGAAGCUAUUUCCAAGCCGACUUCUUUGCCAUCAACAUGUCACCGCCUCUCUGUCACUGAGACGUCCAUGGAAAGGAGAAUCCACCAGGAUGCUGAAGGCAAACAGAACCUGCAGAGAGCCGGGGGAGUUCUAAACUUGGCCGAUGAUCCAGAUGUACUGGAGAUCCCCUUUAAUACCAACAUUCUGUUUGAGACUCUUUCCACCGAGGUAUGUCCAGGCCAGGACGAUGAUUGGCGUCUCUCUGAGCAGAAGACAACACAAGAGAUGAGUCCAAAGGCUCAGCGAGAACUUGGGAUGACUGGAUUUGGAAAAAUAUCCAAGGAGCAUAUAAAAGGGGAGGCCCAUCAAUUAAAGGAGACCAAACUACUGUUUGAAUCUUUUCAACAGGAUAACACACAAGGGCCAACCAGGAUAAAGAAACCGCUUUCUGCGUCAAUGACCGAUCAAGGUUAUCCCUCAGUGCUGGAGCGCACACGAAGCUUGGAGAUGUUUUCCGUGAAAAGUAGCCCCAUUUCCAGAGCACAUUCCUCCAGGAUUUAUAAAACUGCAAUCUCUGACAAGCAGAAAAGUUGGGAAAACCUGCCUUCAAAGAGUCCAACUGGAGGAUCUCGAGAUAGGCUGCGCUUAUCUCCGUACGGCAAGCAAGAUAAAAAUGUGCAUCUUCACAGAAGUUCUGAAUCUAUAAGUACUGAUGUAACCACGCCAGCAGUGGAAAGUGUGAGCUCAGCAAAAGAGGAAAAGACAACACAGGAAUCGCCCGUCAUCAAACAAAAUCCUUUCGUCAAGUUGCGUCCAUCACUGGCUCUGCAACCAGAGGUUGAGAAGGACAUCAGGGAGGCUGAAGCAAGAGAGGACGAGCUGCGCAGACAAAGACGCACUUUGUACGGAGAGACGCUGCAGAGUACAAAGAAGGGCAACAAGCUGCUAUUGACAUCGGCCGUCAUACCAGGUGGGAAGCAACCGUCCCGAGGUAAACUGGACCGGGUCUGGCCACCUCCAAGCAAGACAGAGCAGCUUAAAUCUGAACAAACUCAGAGUGUGAGUGUGCACAGGGCAGGAAGUCAGAGGUCCGGUCUCUGGCAACGUUGGGAGACUGGUCGCAUCAACGGGCAGAUGACUGAAGAAAAGAACUGACCACGGCCGAUUAGACUUCAAACGGAUAUUCAAAUGUUACUUAAUAACAAUUAAAUAAAUAGUUUCUAUGCUGUCUGGCUAUGAUCAAUUGGAUUUAGAGAUUUGCUUUAACUCUUGUUUAACUUUCGUCUUAUUCAGAAGAUAAAGUGUCAGUUAUUUUUUAUUUUGUCAUCCCGUCUCGCUUUUUUCUGAUUUCACAUUUUAAUAUUGUAAUCUCAAGUGUUAUGGACACUACGACCCAGUGACGUGCGAUGAGGUUCAUGGCUGGUGAGGCACCGACUGAUGUUUAGUUUUUUUUAUGUUAAUACAGAUUGCUCAUUAGGAGGAUAACAAGGAAAGAAAAUAGAAUAAUUUAUUUCUGUUAAACAUUUUGUUUUCAAAUACUUCCUAGUCCCCUUUAAUAUUGUUUUGUAAACAAAAAAUAUUUGUGGUCUUAGCUUUUAUUUGUAGAUGCAGUGUAAUGCCUCCUGUACUUUUCAAGGAAAAGCUCUGUUACUUUGUUGUAAAAGUCUGAUCAACUUCUGUUGAGCUUUGGUAUAAAAUCCAUCAUCUUGGCAGUCAAGUUCAUUCAUUCAUUCAGCAGGGCACGAAAAUGGUUGCAUUUGAAUUGUUGUUGAUUCUAGCCGACCCUAAUGUUUGUGAAUUCAAAUAAAGUUUUUUAAAAAUG